CCCCCGCCCCCCGCCCCCCGCCCCCCUAUUUUCCUCUCUGCGAGACAUGUCCUCGGCUAUCUCGCAAUCGGCUACGGCCGCAGCGGCCACAGCUGCCGCCGGGGUUGCCGCUGGCAGCGGUGUCAUCAGCGCCCCACAGGAGCCCCGGACUUCGCGUAUGAUCGCGGUUCUGCUCCAGUCAAUGGGCGUUGACGAAGUGGAGCCACGCGUCAUCCACCAGCUGACGGAGCUCCUUCACCGCAUGACCGGCGAACUGCUGGAGGAGGCCCGCGAGUGCGCUCUACAUGCUGGCCGGGCUGCCGUCAAUGUUUCCGAUCUGCGCCUGGCGUCCGACGCGCGAACCGGCGUCCAGUUUGUUUCUCCCCCCUCGACGGAUGUACUCAUGCGGAUAGCUGCCUCGGUCAACCGUCGCGAAAUCCCCGCCCCCCGGAGGGACCGCAACCGCGUGCGCCUCCCCGACGAGGCCUUUUGCCUGACGAUGCCCAGCUACGAGCUUCACUACGAGGAACCCAAGGAGAGUGCCGCCCCCGCGUCCAGUGCGGAUCUCCAUUCGGUUGGUGGUGGUCCCGCAUCCACGGCGCCGGUCACCCUGUCGGCGGUGCCAAUUAUCCUGCGCCCGGUGGCCGCCGGCGAGCCGGCCACCAAGCGUGCCCGGUCGGAUGACCUGGCCACCACCUCGACCGCCCCGGCCGUGGGCAUCUCCCUCGGGGUGCCGGCCGCCGCGGCCCCGGGUCCAGCAUCCACCCGGGCCGUGGACGACGAUCUGGAUGACGAUCUGGACGACGACUUUGAUUGAUGGGUCUACUCUCUGCCGCCCCUCCGGG